AUGUUACAUUAUAGAAGCAUCAAACGCCUGACAGUAAGAGUAGUCACACUGAUCGUCCUUCAAGCAGCAGGGGCUGGCUUCGCUGCACCAAGUGUGCUCGUCACCAGACCGAUAUCCAGGGCAGUGGAGUGGCUGCCUAUGGACAACCAAACAGUUUAUAGACUAGAUGAGGGUGAAACUAGAAAUCUCGAAUUAAAUACAACAUUUCUAACGCAGUCAACAGUGUACAUCACAGUGAGUUUGUGCUCCAGAAACAUCCAUUGGGCUUUGUAUAGGGGCAGGGCUCGAAGUUCUGAUGAUCAGUUAGACCUCCUCCAAGACAGUAGCGGAGGUGAGCAGAUGAGCACAAUGUCAGCUGUCAUCGCCAAUGAGGAACGAUAUGUAUUGCAGCUGUUUUCCUCGAAAGGCGGUGCCGUAGCUGUGAGCGUUAGGGGCGAAGCUCCUCGUUUGGUGCGCAUGCGACUUCGGACAAGAUCGAGACGGAGGCUGUCAGCUAACUGGGAUCCGAGCCCAAUAGACCCUCAAAUGACGUCAUAUUGCGUGGUGGCUUCACACAGAAAGAAUUAUACAUCGCUUUGUGCUGCCCAAUUUGACACCAGUAUAUGUGCGAAUAGACCCCGUGUUGAGGAAAUGUCGAACGAAACAAGUCGUCAGCGCCGUCGUUAUAAUAGCACGAGGGAAAUAGGGAAUUCAAUUGAAAUGGACAUUGACAGAUUUAACAUCUUCGAGGGAAAUUUCAAAAGCGUGUUUCGGAGGAAGAAAUUUGGUCGAAGCACAAGAAUAUCAAAUGAAGAUCCAGUCAUUGCUUGUGUUGGUGAUAGAACUCAUCAUUUGAUAGAAAAUUUAGAUCCAAGCAUGACGUAUUUUGUAAGCGUUUUCGGAAUAGGACGAGACCGUCGGGUUGGAUCGCUUCUAACUACUGGCAGCGUUCGCCCUAGAACUUCCACUGCCAAGCGACUGAGAGAAAAUGUACCAUUAAAAUCGGAAAUCAGAAGCAAGAGUGUGUAUUAUUUUAAAGCGGGCAUAGGAUUCGGGGGCGGGCUUUGGCUCGCAGUAACUACGUGCGGCGGUUCUGUCGAUGUUGAAGUUAUCGUUAAAGGGAAACGCCUAUACUUGGUCAAAGAUAUUGAACCACACUCUAAAUUCUUUGUCCCCGCACCAAUACCCAGUUCCUCUAUCCAAGAAACUAGUGACGAAGGUUCGGUACAAUUCGAUUCAAGCUCCGAAGAAACAAAAGUACGGUACGUGGUCCGUGUCACGCCGAACAGAUGGUAUAGAGAUGGUUCUGUGACUGUUGAGUUGACAGCAUCGACAACACGAUGGGGUCUUAGCACACCGGAAAUUUUGGCAGAUGGCGCCACUGUUAGAGAACUUCGACCGAGAAGGUCCUGCAAAUCUGUAGAUGUGGCUUUUCUUCCAGCUCACCACAAUGCCACAGAUGUUAUUAGAUAUUGUACAAUGGUGCGAGAAACUUCACAAAACGAGGGGUUUAUUUGUCCACUAUCAAAAAAAUCUACAUCAAAACUUCAAUGUGUAAGCCAUAUGCAACGUACACCAACGAGGGUAAUCGUACAAAAGGUAGGAGGCCUUAAAGCCGGACGUAAAUACGCCAUUCAAGUGACAGCAGCCAAUAAGGACACUUCUGUUCCAUACAAAGUUUUAUAUGCCGACACAAACGCGUCAUGCAAAGAUUAA